CAACCAAAUUACAGAAAAUCUACGCAUCAGAUUCUGGAAUUGUAACAGGGAAAAGAGGGAAGGGAUGGAAGAAACCCUAGUAGAGCACACUAAAUCAUUAGCAGCUCCAAUCAUCUUCAUUGUUGUCUUGGUUUUCCAGUUAUUUGACAAGUCCUUAGCGCAUAUGAAGAAGAAAGCAUCCAUGAGUGAGAAGGAUGCCCAAUUGCGUGCUGAAAUCAAGCAACUGUUGAAGGAGGCAGCCGCUUUGUCAGAGCCUUCGACAUUUGCUCAAUCUGCAAAGCUUAAGAGAAUGGCUGCAGCUAAAGAGAGAGAGCUUGCAAAAAGUCAAGAGUCAGCCAGCAAGGAGAUAAAAACAUCAUUCGCCUUGUACGAGAAAAUUCUGAUGAUUUCAAAGGUUGUUAUAUAUCUUACUCUGAUUGUGUGGUUUUGGCGGAUUCCUGUUGCUGCCGUGUCCAAAGAACUUGUGCAGCCUUUUGGGAGGUUCUUAUCCUGGAGAACUGGAAAUUCUUUCAGUGAUAGUAUAAUGGUUGGUGUGAUACCUUGGUUGAUAUUAUCAACUAGGGUUGGCAAAUAUCUUUGCAGUAAAGUCUUGAAGUAGAUUGGUUGGAAAAAGAUGAUUUUUCCGUUCUAAGAUCUCAGGAAAAAAAAACAUUGGAGGCCAGGUGAUGAUAUCUUGACUGUUGUGUGGGCACCUCGGGUCUCACGAAUCUCAAUCACAGGCAAGCCCGAUCGGGUAAGAUGUACUUGUUUCAUUUAAUUACAAAGUUCGUUAAUUUAUAUGUUAUCUAAAAGAAUAAACGUUAGAUGCUGUCGUUAGGGUUCUAACGAUUACUUUGAUGUUAUGUGUUUUCUUUAUA